AUGAAGUACUGUGGCGUUGUUUAUGAUGUUGGAUUGAAGUUCGGGGACGAUGGAUUUUCAGUCGAACCCUUGGAUCCCGCUCUGGUAGAGUACGACAUGCGAACCAUCGCCAAGGACAUGCACGCCAACGCUGUGCGGAUCGAGGGGAGGAGAUACAUCGAUUGGCAACUGCUGCACGGGCUGCUCAUUCGAUGGGACUCACGGUGCGUCGACGGGACGUGCGCCUAUUUCGAAGAGGCCGCGAAGGCAGCGGAACGACUGCGGAACGAGGGUGUCGAUGUGAUUUUUGUUGCCGGCUGCGAGUACACAAUCUUCAGCAAAGGAGUCUUCCCCGGCGAAUCGUUCAAUGAGCGUGCAAUGUGGCUCGGUUCUCAAUACCCAGACGGCCGUAUGUCAGAAGAUAUUCCCCAGACCUUACGUGAGAAGUCCGUGGAAUUAAACAAGGUCUUGCGGUCUUUUGCUACGGUGGUUCGUGCCAAGUUUAAUGGGCCGCUGACAUAUUCGGCUGGCACCUGGGAACUUGCAGACUGGGACAUAUUCGACAUCGUCGGCAUCGAUUACUAUCGCCGCGGAGAGACCAAAGAGCAAUAUGUUGCAGGCCUUGAGCGCCACCGGUUCGAUAAGCCUCUCGUCGUUAUGGAAGUUGGUUGCUGCGCCUACGAAGGAGCAGCUGACCGCGGCGACGGCGGUUUCAUGCUUCUGAAGAGCACAAAUCCAGACGGCAGCGGCGUUUUCGAAGGCGACGUCAUCCCAACCAGGAGCGAGCGGGAGCAGGCUGAUUAUCUGAACACACAGCUCAGUCUCCUUGCUACUGCGGAUGUCCACGCGGUCUUUGUCUAUGUGUUUUCAUUCCCGUGCAUGCGAAGAGGGGAAGGUGCAAGUGACCUCGACAUGAUGUGUUUUUCAUUGGUCAAAUACUACCCGGAACAGGACCCGAGGUCGAAUGCUAUGCCUCCGUGGUCACCCAAGGAAUCCUUCCACCAGGUCGCCGACUUCUUUCGGUCCAUGCUGCAGCCGCAGAUUUAG